CUGAGAGAGUCUAUCACGUGUUGUGCACAGCGUACUCCAAGGACGUGCCUGAGCUGCUUCCGGAGCUCAUGGAACGAAAAGCACAAAUCUUAGAUUCAGAAAUCACGGUAUAAGGUAAAUGGAAAGUCAGCUGCUUGACACCUAGUGGCGGUACUGCAGGACACAGGGCAGGGAGGAUUUUUACCACUGCCAGAAGGAAAAGACAGGUGAACAGGUCAGCCAGACUGCAGACUUGUCAACAGAAACUGUGGAAACCAGAGGCGGCAGAUAGGACCUUCCAGCUGGAAAGAACAGAACUGCCAGCCCAGAGUUGCAGACCCAGCUAAACCACCAGCCAGGCACUGGGCCACGGAGGACGCAACGGGAGGCCGCUCACUGUGAGGGGUUUCUGAAGGACACGCCUUAGGGUGAAGGCCACCCGAAGCUGCCCCUGGAGCGGAAGCAGAUCCGAGGUAUAAGAAAAAAAAUGGUGAUCAAGGGACUAGACGGUAGGUGGGUGUAAACAGUACCUGUGAGGCCGAAAACAAGCCGUACGCCUGACCACCUGCACCUGCCUCAGUCCUGCGGCAGAACCUCGGAAACUACAACUCCCGUGAGGCUCUGCGCGGUGCGCAGGCGCCAUGGCAUACGUGGCGUGCGUGGCCGUUCUAGAACGCCGCUCCGAGGGCCCGGGCGCCAUGUUUGGGCCGAGGGGACGGCAGAGAGGUGCUUGAAGGGCGGGAGUGGAGCGGGAGUGGGUUGGACCUGGGCUGGUAGGAGCCCCGCCCCUCCCGCCUCAGUGGAUCAUGACCCGGGCAGCGGCCGUGGAAGUCGCGGUGGUGGGGGACGUGGCGUGGCAGGGCCAGCGCUAGAGAUGAUGCCGUUUCCGGUGACAACCCCGGGAUCACAACAGACGCCGCCGCCGCCCAAGCACUAUGGCAUCUCCUCCCCCAUCAGCCUAGCAGCCCCCAAGGAGACUGACUGCAUACUUACCCAGAAGUUAAUUGAAACCCUGAAGCCCUUUGGGGUUUUUGAAGAGGAAGAGGAACUGCAGCGCAGGAUUUUAAUUUUGGAAAAAUUAAAUAAUCUGGUAAAGGAAUGGAUACGAGAAAUCAGUGAAAGCAAGAGCCUUCCACAAACUGUAAUUGAAAAUGUUGGAGGGAAAAUCUUUACAUUUGGCUCUUACAGAUUAGGAGUACAUACGAAAGGUGCUGAUAUUGAUGCGUUGUGCGUUGCACCGAGACAUGUUGAUCGAAGUGACUUUUUCACCUCGUUCUAUGACAAAUUGAAACUACACGAAGAAGUAAAAGAUUUAAGGGCUGUUGAGGAGGCAUUUGUACCAGUUAUUAAACUGUGUUUUGAUGGUAUAGAGAUUGAUAUUUUGUUUGCAAGAUUGGCACUGCAGACUAUUCCAGAAGAUUUGGACCUAAGAGAUGACAGUCUGCUUAAAAAUUUAGAUAUUAGAUGCAUAAGAAGCCUAAACGGUUGCCGGGUGACAGAUGAAAUUUUACAUCUAGUACCAAACAUUGACAACUUCAGGUUAACUCUGAGAGCCAUCAAACUAUGGGCGAAAUGCCACAAUAUCUAUUCCAAUAUAUUAGGGUUCCUAGGAGGUGUUUCCUGGGCGAUGCUAGUAGCAAGAACUUGCCAGCUCUACCCAAAUGCAAUAGCAUCAACUCUUGUACGUAAGUUUUUCUUGGUAUUUUCUGAAUGGGAAUGGCCAAAUCCAGUGCUACUGAAAGAGCCUGAAGAGCGGAAUCUUAAUUUGCCCGUAUGGGACCCAAGAGUAAAUCCCAGUGAUAGGUACCAUCUUAUGCCCAUAAUCACACCAGCGUACCCACAGCAGAACUCCACAUACAAUGUGUCUGUUUCAACAAGGAUGGUCAUGAUUGAGGAGUUUAAACAAGGGCUUGCUAUCACACAUGAAAUUUUGCUGAGUAAGGCAGAGUGGUCCAAACUUUUUGAAGCUCCAAGCUUCUUUCAAAAGUACAAGCAUUAUAUUGUACUUCUAGCAAGUGCACCAACAGAAAAACAACAUCUAGAAUGGGUGGGCUUGGUGGAAUCAAAAAUCCGAAUCCUGGUUGGAAGCUUGGAGAAGAAUGAAUUUAUUACUCUGGCGCAUGUGAAUCCUCAGUCAUUUCCAGCACCUAAAGAAAAUCCUGACAAGGAAGAAUUCCGUACGAUGUGGGUGAUUGGGUUAGUAUUAAAAAAGCCAGAAAACUCUGACGUUCUCAGUAUUGAUCUCACCUAUGAUAUCCAGUCUUUCACAGAUACGGUUUACAGGCAAGCAAUAAAUAGCAAGAUGUUUGAGAUGGAUAUGAAAAUUGCUGCAAUGCAUUUAAGGAGAAAGGAACUUCAUCAACUAUUGCCUAAUCAUGUGCUUCAGAAGUGGAAAACACAUUCAAUGGAAGGUGUCACUUUAACAGCUUUGAGUGACAGCAGCCUUGACUUGCCUGUGGACACUGAAGACAGCAUGUCUGUGCCUUCACCUGCUAGCACUGUGAAGACCGGCCCAGUGACUGGCAGCUCUCAGGGCAGAAAUAGUCCUGCUCCCGCAGCAAUGGCAGCAUCAGUGACUGCCGUACAAGUGACUGAGGUUUCCUUGCAACGAGUGAAUCCCAGUGAAAGCUUAGGGGGUGCAUUGAGUGAAAGCCUUCCUCAGACUGCCGCACAGCCAGCCCUUCUUCCACCAUCAAAGGCCACAGUUGCCAGAGUUGUUUCUUCAACAUGUCUGGUAAACCAUCCACCCAGGCCUUCAGGGAGCACUGCAACAAACGUAGCGAAUCCUAUAGUGGGAGUCUAGCAGACGUUCUCACCUCAUGAAGGACCAAGGAAACUCAAAGAAGAGGAACAAUCUCAUAAAGAGAAGACAAUCCAGUACAGAACUUUCUAAUAUCCCGGCUCUCCCUGCAAAUCCUGUUCCUGUUCCCAAGAAUUCCGUAGGACAGAUUGAACUGAAAAACAACCUCAAGGGUCCAUAAACUAUAUCUGCCAACUCAACCUGUUGUCUUCAACUGCUAAAGGAGGAGAAUGAAGGGUACCAAACUAGAUUUGACUCAAGCUAGAUUUAGCCUUAUUUGGUAACUUCCUUUACUUUGGCUAAUCUUGAUCAGAAGUCCAGGUUAGUAUAUGAUGCUAGAAGUACUAUUAUAAAUCCGUCAGCCGCAGUUAUAGUAACUAUUUUAAAGGACUACUGCCCAUAAAGAGAAAAACAAGAGAAAAAAAAACCCUCCAGCUAUAUUUGUACCCAUGCCUGACAUCUGGACUGGAUUUAUGUUUGAUGCAUUGUUGGGGAAAAUUUACAAUACAAACUGGUAUCAGAAUUCCUUAUACUGAUGAUGGACUUCAUGUAUAUUUUUAUCAGAAAGUAGAACUAAUUUUAAGUUUUUCAGCUUGAUGAAUUUUAGUUUUUUCCUGAAGUUUUCUUCAUUAUUAAUUGUCAAACUGGAUGCCAUUGUGCAGUGUGUAUAAACUUCAGAAAAAGCAUAAAAGUCCCAUCUAGCUCAGUCCCCAUGAAGUAGCUACAACCCUUUAAAAUGUCAGCUCAUAGGGUAUAUAUUUGACAUUGAAACAGUAAUGAGCCAGUCUUUGGUUUUGCUGGGACACGGUCAAGAAAUAAUAUGUUAGUUUUAUCUGUGAAGCUGUUUUAGAGCGCAUACAAUCAGCAAUCAAACAGCAAAUACCGUCUCAGAACUAACAAAACUCCGUAUUCUCUUGUCCUUAAGCAUUUGUCCUAAAACAAAAAAGCUUUUUGCUCCCUGUUUUGCUUGUAUGUACAAGGUAUGCUUGUAUGUAGAUUCAUUAAAAAAACCCAGAAUGCUA